AUGGCUCAGAAGCGUUCGAGUGCGGCGUCCAAUCCGACUAUCAUCGUGGUUCCAGGCGCCGCUUGUCGAGUGGUGUUCUACAACGGCCUAGUCCAACAACUUAUCUCGAAUGGUUACGACGCACACACUUACGACUUGCUGACGGCCAGCCGAGAGCCUCCUCAGGAGCCGGCAACGUUGGCAGAAGACGCCAAGUUCUUUCACGACAAGAUCGAGGCUCUGGUCAAUGCCGGCAGGGACGUGGUUGUCGUCGCCCAUUCUUAUGGUGGCAUGGUCGCCACAGAUGCAGUCCAGGGACUGGCCAAAACGGAUCGAGUCUCGCAGGGUCUUGCAGGAGGUGUCGUACGAAUAAUCUACCUGACCUGCAUCGUGGCCGGCGUGGGUCAGACUGCGGGUGAACUUACGGCCCACCUGGAUUUUAAAGAUUUCAUGGAGGCUGUGGGCGAGAAAGGGGAAUACUUAGGCCAAAUUGCUGGCCCGAAGGGUGCACAAGUGAUAUUCUCCGACCUGCCGCUAGAAGAAGCACUCGCAUGGCAAGGCCGACAGUCGCUGCAGUCUAGAGUUUGCUAUGCCGGCAAGGCUGUGUUCGAUGCCUACCGGCAAAUACCAGUGUCGUACAUUUUCUGUGCGGGUGACAAAGUACUGCCGCCAGAGUUCCAGCAAGGAAGAAUCGACUUCUUGAAGAAAGAAGCCAGGGAGCUCGACUUGUUCUGUCUCGAAACCGGCCAUUGUCCUAAUGUCAGUGAGCCUGAAGCAACUGCAACAGUCAUCUGCGAUGCUAUCGAAAGGAAAAUGGUGGUAACGAAUGUGUAA